AUGGAUCCUCGGGAUUACAACACAAACCGAUCCAAGGCGAGGUGCCAACUGUUGAAGCGGUGUUUAUUCGAAGGGCCGGCACGGCCCCAUUGGCCACCGCCGCGGAGGAGGGGCUUAGAGGCCGGGCGGGUGUGGAAGUGUGCGGCGGCCCGCAUCGGCGCCCCGGACGGAGAGGAGAAGCCGUCGUCUUCCGCCGACAACUGUCCAAUCUUGAGCGCCGAGAGUGCCAACGCCCGCCGGACUUUUAUACGCGUUACCUUCGGCUACAACUGUUCCAGCAAUUGUUCUGCAACUGUCGCCCACUACAACGACAUCUGUUCUGGGUCAUAA